UUCCCUCCCCCUUUCGCCGUCCCGUCCCUCGCCGCUUCCUUCCUCCUGUCUGUGCCAUGGAUGGUGUUGUUACAGAUCUUAUAGCAGUCGGUUUAAAGCGUGGAUCUGAUGAGCUUCUUCCUUCUGGUAUCACUUACGGGCCUUUUACCAUGAGCAGUUCUACUCCUGCUACAGCUAACGGGAAUGACAGCAAGAAAUUUAAAGGAGACAGAUCUCCAUGUUCCCCUUCUCGAGUCCUUCAUCUUCGUAAAAUUCCAAAUGAUGUCACUGAAGCAGAAGUCAUUUCUCUAGGUCUACCUUUUGGCAAAGUAACCAAUCUCUUGAUGUUGAAGGGAAAAAGCCAGGCUUUCCUAGAAAUGGCUUCAGAAGAAGCUGCUGUUACCAUGGUGAACUACUACACUCCUGUUACUCCUCACCUCCGCAGCCAGCCUGUUUUUAUCCAGUAUUCCAAUCACAGAGAACUUAAGACAGACAAUCUGCCCAAUCAGGCUAGAGCUCAAGCUGCAUUACAAGCAGUUAAUGCCGUGCAGUCUGGAGGCUUGGCACUGGCAGGUAUUCCAACUACUGAGGGCGGAUUGCCCCCUGGUCAGAGUUCAGUUCUUCGAAUUAUAGUUGAAAAUCUCUUCUACCCUGUAACUCUAGAAGUGCUACAUCAGAUCUUCUCCAAGUUCGGGACUGUUUUAAAGAUUAUCACUUUCACAAAGAACAAUCAAUUUCAGGCCUUGCUUCAAUACUCUGAUCCAGUGAAUGCACAUUAUGCCAAAAUGGCUCUUGAUGGUCAGAAUAUCUACAAUGCUUGCUGCACUCUUCGUAUUGAUUUCUCUAAGCUCACAAGCCUUAAUGUAAAGUACAACAAUGACAAAAGCAGAGAUUUUACCCGUCUAGACCUUCCUUCAGGUGAUGGGCAGCCUUCCAUUGAUCCCACUAUGGCUGCUGCUUUUGGCACUCCAGGCAUCAUCUCCUCCCCAUAUGCAGGGGCUGCUGGCUUUGCUCCUGCCAUUGGCUUUACCCAAGUCUCAGGUCUAUCGGUCCCAACUGUUCCCAGUGCGCUUGGUCCUCUUGCAAUCACCACCUCUGCCAUGACUGGGCGGAUGGCCAUCCCAGGAAUUACUGGAAUGCCUGGAAAUUCUGUCUUGCUUGUUAGCAAUCUGAAUCCUGAUGCAAUCACACCAGAUGGACUCUUUAUCUUAUUUGGUGUUUAUGGUGAUGUCCAUCGUGUGAAAAUCAUGUUUAAUAAGAAGGAAAAUGCCUUGGUUCAGAUGGCAGAUGCAACCCAAUCCCAGCUAGCCAUGAAUCAUUUAAAUGGACAAAAACUUUAUGGAAAGGUGCUCCGUGUUACACUCUCAAAGCAUCAGGCAGUACAGCUCCCUCGUGAAGGGCAAGAGGACCAGGGCCUGACCAAGGACUAUAGUAAUAGCCCUUUGCAUCGCUUUAAGAAACCUGGCUCAAAGAACUUCCAAAAUAUCUUCCCACCAUCUGCCACUCUGCACCUCUCCAACAUUCCACCUUCUAUAACGGUUGAGGACCUGAAGAGUCUUUUUGGUAAUACUGGAUGUAAUGUGAAAAACUUCAAAUUCUUUCCAAAAGACCGCAAAAUGGCUCUCAUCCAGUUGGGUUCAGUGGAGGAAGCAAUCCAGGCUCUUAUUGAGCUUCACAAUCACGAUCUCGGAGAAAAUCAUCACCUCAGAGUUUCCUUCUCCAAAUCUACAAUCUGAUACUUGUUGGACACUGUCUUUUUAAGGACUCUACCCACAGUUAACAGUAAAAUCUUCAGACAGAGACUGGUGUAGCCAAGACAAACGCUGC